AUGUUCAAUUCUGGCAGACCAGGUUCUGCAUCGAUUGGGAAUGGUGUAGGUGGUGGCUCGUUGUUCGGGCAGAACAAACCAGCCACGGGAGGACUAUUUUGUCAGGGAAAUCAGCAGGGUCAGAGUAAUGGAUUAUUUGGGCAGAGCAAUCCGCAAAACCAGACCAAUGGUGGCGCAUUCAACCAAGUUAAUCAACAAGGCUCUGGUGGUGGCUUAUUCGGCCAAAGCACACCAGGAAACAGCACAUUUGGUCAGAAUACUCAGGGAAACACCACGUUCGGCCAAAACACGCAGGGAACCAACACGUUCGGCCAAACCACACAGGGCAACAACACACUAGGCCAGAAUACUCAGGGUAAUAACGCAGGGGGUCUUUUCGGUCAGUCGAGCGGUUCCGGAGGGCUCUUCGGCACUUCAAACGCCGGUGCAAGAUCCGGAUCGGUUCCUGCGGCAAGCGGGCCUUUCGGGCAAAGUGCUCAAAACUCUGCUAAUCAGAAUUCUUCGGGUAGUCUCUUUGGGCAAACUACGAAUACAAAUACAAAUACGGGGUCCUCGGGUGGCUUGUUCGGUUCUAAACCCACAGGCCUCGGGACCUCUAAUACUGCACCCUCCGGCGGCUUGUUCGGAAACAACGCCACUGGCGGUCAGUUUGGAAAUAAGCCUAGUGGUACAGGACUCUUUGGGAGCGGUAACAAUAAUCCUGCACCAUCGGCCGCUGGAGGGCUCUUUGGAAACACUUCUUCUGCUAGCUCUGGAGGACUUUUUGGCAAUAAGCCCGCAAGCUCGUCGCUCUUCGGCAAUAGUGGCGCCAACAAUGCCAUGCAAUCUCAAAUGCAACUUCAGCCGGCCCUGCAAACAUUGGCACAACUGCCGGUCAAUCCAAUGACGAGAAUUGCAGACCUGCCGCCUCAAAUCCGCCAAGAAAUAGAACAAUUGGACCAAUACGUUCAAAGACAGGUGGCCAUCUCUCAACAUCUGAAAGCUGAUAAUGCAGACCACGCAGAGUUAAUCAGGUCAGUUCCCCGCGAUAUCAAAUAUCUACAGACGACAUAUUCAUUGACACACCAAUCACUGGCGCAGGAUUUGCGAAAAAUAACUGGGAUAAAAGAUAUCACAGACCAAAACAUGCUCGAUUCUCAAACUUUUUCUACCAUUUUGCAGCAACUCAUAACGCCUGGUUCCAAGAUCUCUUCGCUAGAGCUUGAUAAAUUUUUCCAAGAUAAAAUACAACUGUACAAGUCCAAGCUGGACGAGUAUUUCUACGUGCUUUCUGAUAUUGAAAGCGCUGUUCGCGGUAUAGAGCGAGAUAUGUUUGGUGCUACAUCUACGGACGGUGGGUCUGACUCCAACGGCGACAGUGUUGGCUGGAAAACAGGCAUCAAUGCUAUAGUAUCUACUGUACUGGAAGAAUUUGAGCUGUUCAUGGACAUGGCCGAACGAGUUGCAGGAUUGCACCAACAAGUGAAAGAAAUUACUGGCGGCCAAAAAGCCACCGUUAUGAAGGCAUAG